CAAUCAGAUACAAACUUCCGGAUGUAAACCCGGAAGUACCUUGGAUGGACUAGAAUUUUGAAUGAAAUUUGCUUCUAAUCUCAGAUAUAUAAUUGAAUAAAAAGACCAACGAAAGAAAAAUCCCCAAUACAAUUUUAUGUGAACCUACGUUUCUCUACCUCUUAAGUUGUCAUUUUAAGGCGUGUUUGUGAUGAAGAAACAACAUUAUAACAGAAAAUAGGAUAUGGGGAGCUUGGAGACAGACAGCACUGACAGACCAAGCGCUGAGUUUGUUUACUGUAAUGGGGCCAUAACGGAGGUGUUGAAAUAUGGAAGCUGCACGUUACAGUCCAGACACGAGACUCUCAUCCUUGUUAUUCCAGGUAAUCCAGGUGUGGUCGGCUUCUACACAACGUUCAUGCAAACUCUGCACCGAGCGUUCAACCACCACACCCCUGUUUGGGCUGUUUCUCAUGCGGGACACUGUGAGCCUCCAGACCACAUGGACAUGGUGGAAGACUCAUCUUUAGCAGCAGAGUUGGACGUGUUUGGGAUAAAUGGACAGAUUGAACACAAACUCGCCUUCCUCAGAAAACACGUGCCCAGAGAAACUCGCCUCAUUCUCGUUGGUCACUCUAUCGGCUGCUACAUCAUCCUGGAAAUGAUGAAGAGAGACCCAGAGCUUAAGGUCCUAAAAGCUGUGAUGUUGUUCCCCACCAUCGAGCGCAUGGCCCAGACCCCUCAGGGCAGAGUGGUUACCCCGGUGAUCUGCCAGUUCCGGUACAUGGCGUAUUUCCCCGUGUUCCUGCUCUCGCUGCUGCCCGACCCUCUCAAACAGAGCCUGGUCAGACUGGUGCUGGGAGGGAUCAGCUCUCUGGACAGGGCCAUAAUACAACCCACUGUGGGGCUGCUCAGUGGAGACUGUGCAGCUAAUGCAAUGUACAUGGGAGGUCAAGAAAUGAAGAAAGUUUUAGACCGAGACAAUGCAACUAUUAAAAAACAUCUAAAUAAGCUUAUCUUUUACUAUGGAGCGACAGAUCACUGGUGUCCUGUGGAGUAUUACCACGACAUAAAGAGGGAUUUUCCAGAUGGAGAUUUUAGACUUUGUGAAAACGGUUUUCGUCACGCGUUUGUCCUGGACGCUGGAGCACAAGUCGCCAACAUGGUGGUUGAAUGGAUCAGCCAAGACUUAAGGACUUAAAAUAUAGUUUUAUAUUUAUUAGAAUGAUUUCUUUUAAUAUUAUUUCCUAUAAUAACUGAUGAGAAUGACUGAAGAACUAAUGGAUGGAUACUUUUAUUUAUUUGUUCAUUUAAUUAUAUAUUUGAAAAAAAAAAAUCCAAAACACUAAUAAUAUAAAAAUAACUACAAACUAAA